CCUUAGCGUUGUACAUCUCCCCACUCAUCUCUGUUGUGCAUCUCCCCACUCAUCUCUACUGUGCAUCUCCUUACUCAUCUCUGGUUGGAUCUUCGUCUGUGCAGCUCUGCUGUGCAGGAGCAGACGUCGUGUUUAACAGUUCGAAUUUGCGUUUUUGAACGAAAACGGUAAUUUGAUAAAUUGUGUCAAAAGAUCUGAUGAAAAUGUGGAAGUUCAUGACUCGGGGCAUUCGAGAAACAUUGGAGCGCCGUACGAACUGUCGAACAAACGUUUACUCCCAAUCUUCGCCAAACAAUAAUGAGAUUCAGGUUAAGAACAGACCUGAGUGUAGUGGGAAAUUUCAUGCACCAAAUUUAACUUCUUGUAAGGAUAAUAAUAUAUGCGGCUCUACCAAAACUGCUGGAGCUAAGGAUGAGAAACACGAUUCCAAAUGGAAUCCCAGGCAUACUUGGAGAGAAGCUAUCGGUUGGUCAAGCAUGCUUGCUGUCGGAUGGGUGGUUUGUCAAACUUUGUGUCUUCGAAGGAGAAUCUUUGAAGCAGAUCAAAAGUGCACAUGGCGCCAAAAAAUUUUAUUCGGCCAGGAGGCACGCAUUUCACAUUUACUCUUGAAGGCAACAAACUUACACCCUUAUUAUGUUUUACCUGUUACAAAUUGCAUUGGUCAGAGCAAUGACAACAGUGGUAGCAAUGCGGUAGAACAGGAAUGGACAGCAAAUAAACCAUAUGGGCCGAUCACCAUUGAAGAGGCUUUCCAAGAAGCCGGAGACGAAUUCACUCGAACACAUAGAUUAGUAAUGGGAGAAUUUGAGCUUCGCUUUGGAAUAAAAGCUAUCGAAGAGAAACGAUACAAAGAUGCAAUAAAGCACUUUUCCACUGGUGCGACGUUAUCGUCCCCAGGAAGUACGUUCAACCUUGGAUUAUGUUAUGAAAUGGGAAUUGGAACAUUGGUUGAUAAUUUAAAGGCUGCUAAAUAUUAUCACGAUGCAGCUGAACAGGGUCACGCUGAUGCUAUGUACAACUUAGGUGUCUUUCAUGCUCAAGGAAGAGGUGGACUUCCAAUAGACACUAAUAUGGCACGAAUGCUAUUUACCAAAGCAGCAGGAUUGGGUCAGGUUCAGGCUCAGGAAGCAUUAAGUUUGGAGAAAAAUAUAAAGAAGAAUAAUCUAAAGGAUAAUUCAGUAUUAAGGAUGAAAGCUAAUCCUUUCCAAGCAAAGAGGAUAAGUAAGGAUGACAAUACAAAAGAUAGCAUGUUUGUAAAGAUGGUAGAAUAUGAAAACGAUAUUGCUACUAACCUGGAUGCUGAAACUGUCUCGAACAAGUCAUAUUCUGAUCAUAUUAUAAAGCAGGGUCAGAACCCUACUGAUAUAUUUUUAGGUUUUCUUGGUUUACAUGAACCAAACCCAGUACCUAUUACUGUUGGUUGUAAUAAUAAAAAUAUGUCGUACUAAA